AUGGAAGAGAGAGCACUCGAGGACUUUGAGAAGAGCGACGGGGCCCUGCGCACCAUCAAAGAUUUGGGUGCUGGUGCAGCCGGUGGAAUUGCUCAGGUUCUUCUUGAUAUUGUCAAAGUGCGGUUGCAAACAACCACUCAGUAUGCCAACGCCCUCGACUGUGCGAGCAAGAUUUUCAAGAAUGAGGGUCCUGCCGCGUUUUACAAGGGAACACUAACCCCCUUGAUUGGAAUCGGUGCCUGUGUCAGCGUGCAAUUUGGUGCUUUUCACGAAGCCCGGAGGCGCCUUGAGGAAUUGAACAAGAAGAAAUAUGCCGAUAGUAGCCUUUCAUACGGGCAAUAUUACAUGGCAGGUGGUUUCGCGGGUCUCACCAACUCCGUUUUGUCUGGGCCUAUUGAGCAUAUCCGUAUUCGCAUGCAGACCCAGCCACACGGCGCAGACCGGUUGUACAAUGGCCCUAUCGACUGCAUCCGUAAGCUCUCUGCUCAGGGAGGCGUCCUGCGGGGCCUCUACCGUGGUCAGAACGUCACCUACCUCCGUGAGAUCCAGGCUUAUGGCAUGUGGUUUUUGACCUUUGAAUUCUUGAUGAACCUGGAUGCCAAGCGCAACAGUGUCAAGCGCGAGGAUAUCUCUAGUCUCAAGGUCGCUACCUACGGUGGAUUGGCUGGCGAGGCGCUUUGGCUGAGCAGCUACCCAUUUGACGUGGUGAAGAGUAAGAUGCAGUGUGAUGGCUUCGGGGCUCAGCAACAGUUCAAGAGCAUGACAGACUGCUUCAAGAAGACAUAUGCUACCGAGGGUCUCGCUGGCUUCUGGAAGGGCAUUGGUCCCACCCUGCUGAGAGCUAUGCCUGUGUCGGCUGGAACAUUCGUCGUUGUCGAGCUUGCCAUGAAGGCAAUGGGUUAA